UUUGAAGAUUUAAAAGAAGGGCAGUCUGGCUAAGAAUACAAGUGCGGCGAAACGCUGGAGGGCUGCGUAUGGCUGCGCCUUUUAAGACUCGCACAAGUUCUAGACAAGGAUAAUAAGGUGGACAAAAAUUAAAACAUGGGAGUAAACAAGUUCUGGAAAUGAGAGAGCUGGUGGACACUUAAGACACUGUGAAACUGCACAGUUGGGGAUAGGACUGGAGCAAUGACUACAGAUGGUAACCCAAAGAAAGCCAGAUGGGGUGCAAGUGCUGUAAAAUGAUACAGAGCUACCUCUUUGAUGCAGUCCAAGUUCCAUCCCCUGACUAUGUCAAUGAAGUCAGCAGCUCCAAGUUGGAUGACGACCGCACUGUGAAGCUACAAGGCGACAGCAGCAGCGGGGUUUGGGUGCAUAAGCAAACCCUCUGGAGUGCCGGCCUAGGGAGGACGGAGAGCGGAGGCGGGCAAGCUGGCUGGCAGGAGCCCCAAGGACCCCGCCCUCAGGGGUAUCCCGACAGCGGGCUGCGCGCCAAGCCUGCAGGCACCACCAACGGCAUCGGCCCCUCUGGUGCCUCUCCUCAGCCUCACACUGGUGACACCGAUUCAGGGGCCAGCACUGCAGAUGGCGUCCACCCGGCUCAGCCCUUCCUGGAAGGCAGGGACCCCGGGGGCCAGGACUGUGUGCCCCCCGCCUCAAGAGAGGCUCCAGCUGCGGCCGAGACUCCAGUUUACGAAAGCCAAGGCCCCGUCCUGCAGCUGCCCGUCCCGGAUUACCCUCAGCUGUGGGGCCCGGCUGCGGAUGGCGAGGCACAGGAAGAAAGGGACUGUCUGUUUGAGCAUCACAUGGAGGAUGAGCCCCUCGCAGAAAUUCACCCCACGAUGGGCGAAUAUGAACUGAGUCUGCCCUUCCCCCUGAAAAGGGAGUCCUUGAGUGAGCCUGCGGCCGCCGAGGUUCUAAGUGUCUACUUUAGGGAGAAGGGUCCGGCCCAUGCGGUGCCUGUGGCCAGCCCCAGGAGCAAGCAGUCCGAGGCCCAGGACUCCAAGGGAAACAGCGAGGAGGAAGAGGAGGUGGACGAAGACGAGGCCGUGGCAGAAGCCCUUGCAGCAUUAGAAGCGGCUACUGCGGGAGAAGAUGUGGACGAGGCCGAUUAGACGGCAGGACUGGUGCGGGCAGGUGGAGGUGCCCUCGCGCCUGGAGACAGGGAGCCGAUCGUUGGCCAGUGCGCCUGGUGCGACCUAGGGGGUUGUUUACCUCCAGCAUCUGUUCUGAGGGUGGGUGCCUGCGCUGUGCCGCUUGGCAUCACUGUGUGAAUGGGGCCCUCUUUCGGGACACCGCAAUAAACAUGAGCAUGAGCUUCUGUGCUCAUGCAGAAGUUGGGCACCCAGCUAGCCAAAGCUCACAGCCCUCCAGAACAUCUGGUACAGAUGUGAGAGCGCCCUGAAGUCCCUACUCCUUGUCGCAGGGGCUCAGUCACUGAGCAUCUUGUUGAGCUAUAAAUGCUUUCGCCUGGCUUGUGAGAGCCACAAGUUAUCCCCAACCUGAAAGGGUAACUACCCCUUCAAAGUGCCUAAUGUGUUCAAGGACAGUCACCCAGGGAAUUAAUAACUAACCACUUGUGGGACACAAGUUAGGUGGAGCAGCCUUCAGGAGACAUGGAAGUGACCCAGGAAACAAAUGGUUAGUCUUUUGCAUGAUAGUAAAACACCCUGACCUUAAGGUUUUUUACAUUGUGACUUGAAAAAUCACCUUUGGGAUUGGGGGGGGCAGACAAAAUAAUUCUUAAAACCUCUUGUGUCAUAUUUGGGCUUUAAGUUCAUAAGUUUUGGGAAGAGCUAAACUAUCUAUGGAAUAUUUGAAGCCAUUAAAUAUCUGAUGCUAAUUAAAAUCUAACAACUCCGUUGUCUGUAUGGAUUUAUCGUGGUUCACAGCUCCUUGUAGAACUGAGGAGAAUAAUGAUGCCCUGAAUUGUGGAGAAGACAGAUGUAUAGGCCAGAUGUUUUACUUUGGUAUUUUGCAACGUAAGCCCUGAAAUAUAACUGACUUUGGCAAAUAAUUCAUCUUUUCUCAUUGCCUAUGUAUUAAGUGAAAGCCUAAUUUGUACUGUAAAGAUUCGCACACCUGCCUGGCAUGCAGUAGGCACUCAAAAAUGAUGUCUUACUAAAUUCUUUAAUUUUUUUAAUAUCU